UUCCGAUCAACGCUGCUGGCCGUUUUUCUUCCUUGCUGCCAUCGUCGAGUUCAUCUCCAUCACAAAGUAACAUUACUGUGCAAUGACUUCGCUCCAAAAGCCUCCGGGACCCGCCGAGUUGCAGGCGGAGCGCCAAAGAGCGACCUUCCCGGUGCGCCAGAUGACCUAUUAUUUGGAUGGUGGGGAGAAGCAGACAAAGCUCAAGGAGAGAAUUAUGCUCCAGUUCGAGCGCGAUCCAGUGUGGCAGGUCAGCGACCAGCACGAUCUGACUUUGCAAGAAAUCCGUGAACGAUCUAUGGCCAAGGUCCGACGCGCGGCAUACCAUGUGGCGAACGAACCCAUGCAUGUCUUCAAGCAACGAAUGGAGCUGAUCAGUGUGCUGGAUCCAGGAACAUGGACGCGCAUUGGUGUUCACUAUGGUUUGUUCUUUGGUGCUUUGCGGGGAGGCGCUACCCCAGAGCAGUUCUCGUACUGGGCGCAAAAGGGCGCAGUUACCCUGAACGGCAUGGUUGGUUGUUUUGCCAUGACGGAGCUGGGUCAUGGAUCAAACGUUUCGGGCUUGGAAACCACUGCGACGUAUGAUGAGACUUCUGACGAGUUUGUGAUUCACACUCCCUCGCUGACCGCCACAAAAUGGUGGAUUGGAGGUGCUGCUCAAACCGCCACGCACAGCGUCGUAUUCGCACAGCUUUAUGUCAAAGGCAAAUGCUACGGAGUGAAAAACUUUGUAGUUCCAUUGAGAGACCCAGAGACGUUCGAGCUCAAGCCCGGAAUCGUUAUUGGGGAUAUUGGUGCCAAGAUGGGCCGUCAUGGAACCGAUAAUGGAUACAUCCAGUUUACCCACGUCCGCAUUCCAAGGUCUUAUAUGUUGAUGAAGCACACCAAAGUCAACCGCAAUGGCGAUGUCAAGGAACCUCCGCUCCAACAACUGACAUAUGGUGCAUUGAUUCAAGGGCGCGUCGCCAUGGUUGUUGACUCCGGAGCGAUUGCGAAGAAGGCCCUGACGAUCGCCAUCCGAUAUGCUGCCAUUCGCAGACAAUUUGGUCUAAAGGCUGGAGAGCCUGAAACCAAGAUUUUGGACUAUGUCAUCCAUCAAUACCGCCUGAUGCCGUUACUUGCACAAGCGUUUGCCAUGCAUUUUACCGGUAUUGAGGUCAGCCGCAUGUACGAGGAAUUGAUGGACAGCAUGGAGACGUUGCAACCCGGGGACAAGGAGCUGAAUGAUGUUUUGGAAAAGUUGAAAGAGAUGCACGGCACUAGUGCUGGACUGAAAGCAUUCUCCACUUGGUCAACUCUUAAUAUCAUUGAUCAAUGCCGACAAGCAUGUGGUGGACACGGUUAUUCGGCAUACACUGGCCUUGCGUCAUUAUACAGUGAUUUCGCUGUGCAUUGCACAUGGGAGGGUGACAACACUAUCUUGACUUUACAAGGUGGACGAUAUCUCAUUAGCUGUUACCGAGAAGCGAAGGCGGGCAAAUCUCAAGCUGGUGGUGUUGCCUAUCUCAACAACUUGGACAAAUUGCUCAACAAGCGUUGCAGCGCAAAGUCUGCCGAGGAAGUGAGCACACUGGAAGUAGUAGAAGAAGCUUUCUGGCUUGUAGCGGCCCAAGUUGUUAAGAAAGCUGGCGAAGAUUUUGAAGCCGGUGUAAAGCGAGGAUUGAGGGAGGACGAGUCGUACGAAGAAUGCUCGCAGGCUCGUUUGUUUGCCACAAAGAUUCACAGCCUCGGGUAUCUUUUCCAUCGCUUCAAGGGCGCAAUCCAGCGAUCUCCUGCCGAACUUCAACCCAUCCUUAAUAAGCUCUGUCGCUUGUACGGUUUGUACGCAAUUGCUGAGAACUCUGGACCGUUCCUUCAGUACGGAUACUUCACUCCUCUGCAGGUUGACUGGAUCCGUGCCACUGUCACAAGCCUCUGUAAAGACGUUAGAAAUGAUGCCAUUUCGUUAACGGAUUCCUUCAACUACUCUGACUUCAUGCUUAACUCGCCCUUGGGACGUGCCGAUGGCACUGCGUAUGAAGCGUACUUCGGAAUGGUGCAAAAGGCGCACAAAGCUGGGGCCGUACCUGCAUACUUCCAGAAAGAGAUUUACCCGCUUCUGCAUCGUAAACUCGAAGCGGACGAUGUGCUCGAAUUAGACGAGGAAGACGAAUGAACCAUUUUUAAAUAGUUGUGUACGCUGCAUUACUUUACACUGAACUGCAUUGUUCAGGACAUUAUUUUAUAUGGUCAGAUUAUUAAUCAUUAAUUCAUCCUCAUGAGAUAAUUCAUUUCCAUCCGUAAUUUU